CGACUGCUUAUCAUGUUGAGACACCUCCUUUUUCUUUGUUUCUCCCAGCUAGCAGUCCCUCCGAAUAUUGAACAUAAUGUGAUCAUAAAUCCAAGAGGAACUUUGUGGGAGCAGUCAAGAGGAUUUUCACAAAGGUCACGAUACAAAUGUCCAAGUGAAACCUCCUGCAGCAAUGGAGACUCAGGAUUUUUCCAUGCUGUCGUCCCUGAGGGGUGAGUUGAAACUGGAGGAGUUCAUCCAACCUCACUACAAGGAGUCCUAUCGCCUGGCCAUCGAUUGCCUGGCAAGUGGCGGCAGAGAAAGUUACCAGGAGUUCCUGAAGGGAGAACGUCUCGGGAGCUUCCUCUCAGAGAACGAGCUUCUGUUCAUCACCGAAAAGGCCGAAAACAUCCCGCCUAAAAACGAUACGGAGGAAACCGUCGGCCCUCUGGACAGCCACUCAUCCUCGGGGACGUACUGGCCCGUCCACUCGGAGGGGGACGCGCCAGACCUGGAGUUGGGUUGGCCGGAUGUCCUGCUAGAAAAACUACAGACGAACAUCGAUCUGCUGUUUCACCCGCCGAGACAGAACAAACCGACCAUCAAAGAGGUGGUUCGGAAGCACAUACAAGAUGCGAGACAGGUCAUUGCCAUUGCGAUGGACGAGUUUACGGAUGUAGAUAUAUUCAAAGAAGCUGUCGAUGCCUCCAUACGAGGAGUGCCAGUCUACGUGCUUUUGGAUGAUUUCCAUUUGAAUGGUUUUCUCGCCAUGGCUGAAAAUCAAAAUGUCAAAAUAAAUCAACUACGGAACAUGAGGGUGCGCACCGUGAAGGGCCCGGAUUACGUCUGCCGAUCGGGAGCGAAAUUUCAUGGAGCAAUGGAGCAGAAGUUUCUUUUAGUCGACUGCCUCACAGCAAUUUAUGGUUCUUAUGGCUUCACGUGGUCAUUUGAGAAGAUUCAUCUGAGCAUGGUGCAGCUGAUCACGGGCCACCUGGUGAAGUCCUACGACGAGGAGUUUCGAACACUUUAUGCCCGCUCGACUGUGCCGUCUGAGCUCUGCCCUUCGGAAGGUUUGUCCCAACGCAACGGACGACAGAUUUUGCCCCAAGACACCCAUAAAGUUGAGCGCAGGGACCAGUUGAGGCAUACGCUGGACACAGUCUAUCGGAAGACCUGCGAGAGGAAUCAAGGAGUGAGAGAUCUAGAGAGGAAGCUCUUUGAAGAGCAACCUCAACAUUUUGGGCUCUUAAAGGAAAAUGGGAUCGCUGCUAACAACCACAUGCCCCAAUUUCCCUCAACAGAGUCGAUUAACUUCAUUAAAAGGCACAGCUAUGCUGGAGAGAGACAAGAUGAAUGUAUUCCACAGAACUUCAGGCCCAGAGCGAGCAACUGGAAUAUUUCAAAAGAAACAGGAAGUGGAACCAAUCACUUUCCAGUGGACAGUUAUUUACAGGCGCCACAAAUACAAAGAGGUCAUAACAUGCGGCAGUCUUACAGUGGCAACGACAAACAAGUUAUUUCCAUGCAGCAGAACAUGCCAACGCUAGAGAAUACAUCCAAGUCCUUCAUGCGCACAUUUAGGAUCGAGUCUUACCUCAAACGCCCCGAGGUUCCGUUCGGAGACUCUUGUGACUAUUUGGACCAGUUUGAACCACAGGACAAAGGGAGCUCCUUCAUGCAGGGAAGGAUGAGGUCUUCCCUCGUUUUCAGGUCCACCGUAGCGGAGCAAGUGGAGCCGAACCGAUACCUUAACAACUCCUCCACUUGUGUCAACUCCUUAGCAGCCCCAACCACUCCUGCACACUACUCCUCCAUGCACUGGAAUCCAACUGCAGCAGCUGAAAAUACGAUAAGUAACGACGAGUACAUGUUCAAUAGGAAUAAUUUGCAAGUUUUGGAUGACAAUCGGAACAACGCAAACUACGGUCCAGGUAGAGGCUCCUACCCCGCUGUCUAUGCCAGCUUAGGCAGAUCAGCAGGUAGACACAUGAUCCCAAACCCAGACAUCAUGUCUGACAAUUGGCACAAAAGACGCAGCUUAGCAGAUCCAAGGCCAAACCCAGAGUACAAGCAUGAAUCAUCAAGUCACAUGUAUGGAGAUUUAGCAGGGACGCAAGUUAACAGAAGUACAGCGGGGAUCAACGCACAGAGUGGAGGAUACAGGUCAUAUCUGAAAGAAGAUCAGAGGUCUGCUUCUCAUUAUGACGUCAAGAGUGUCGCAGACACAAAGAGCCACGGUACUCCAAACUGGCAGGAGCCGCCAUCCAGGACAGUGUCCACGGCAGCCCUGGAAGUUAAUAGCAAGGAUCCAACAAAUAAAUCCAACAGCAUGAGCUCACCACAUUUUCCAAUCAACAGUGGCAAAAAAAUCAAAUCGUUUCUGAACAUACCAGAGAAGAAAGAAGAUUCAGUAGGAGCCGCCGACACACUGAGUCUGAAGUCAAGUUGCAGCACAGACACCUUGACAGCCGAUGACGAGAGGAGGAUGUCAUAUAGUGGAGCGAAACUUCCCCAAAGCACAACCAACUCUGUCAGGUCCUCCCCAGGGCACCAGAUGAAGCGGAUAGGUGGUACCGAUCUAACCUCUUCAAAACCUCGAUUCGGGAGCAAAGAGCUCCAAGAUCCACCAGAAGUCUCUCUACCUAAACCUGCGGCCCAAAAGAAGCUCAGCAUUUUCGACAGAAGCACAAGGCCCGUCCCAGGUCGAGGUCCCGAGACUUGCCUUUACAGCAGAUACGAGUCGAUUGACAAGAAACGCUCCGCACAUGGCUUUGGAAAGUCUCAGGAGAAAACCAAAAGCCUUCCUAAAGCUGAGGCGGACAUUGAACAUAACAUCACCCGAGCUGGAAGGGGGCACCAAGAAAAUAAGCUGGAGAAAUUCCUUCAACGGAUGGGACUGAAACACAAGAACAAGUAGUGAAUCUUCACACGUCACUUCUUAAUAAUGGGAAUUUUGACUCAUUAAGUAAAUAUUGUAUACAGUUAGUCUUUGUUUUUGUAUGCACUUUGACCUCUGCUUAUUUUAUUGCAUACAGAUGCACUGAUGAAUAAUGUUUUAUAUCACCUGAAGCAAUAAAUUAAAAUGAGAAAUGCUGCAGAAGCUUCAAGUAACAACCGUAUCAAAUGGUAAUAGAGAAAGAUAUAAUUGCUUUGCAGCAACUGUAGCUGUGUUUGAGUACUUAGUACAAACGCGUGGCUGCUGUAUGGUACAUAAAGAGAAAUACUCGCAAGGCGUCGCAAAUACAAUCAGCAAACGAGCUAACCAGAACCCCACAACCUCAGACAGGUUGAAUGUCAUGGAAGCAUUCAAAAGCAUCAAAAUGGCAGAAUCAAGGAGACUUUCUUCUCUUUGACAGACAAGGUUCCUGGAAGGUUGGUUUUAUGGACGGAUAAAGCCUCAUUUGUUUUGCACUGAUCAAUUCUGUGGGCUAUUUAGCUUUGUAACUUAUUCUUUUUCUGGAAGGAAAACAUUAAAAAUCUGCAGGUGCUGAUUUUGCUACACACUGUCUAUUUGUGACUGCGGAAUUCUCCAAAGAUUACCAAAGUAUUGCAUUGAACAGCUCCCCAACACAAAGUUCAGUAUUCAAGUGGGGGAAGCUGCACACUUUUUAGUUUCCUAAUCGCCCUCUUCACCUCGGCAGUGUCCUCUCUUAAGGCGAUACUCAAUCCAAACUACAAGCAACAUGAAAAAGGCAGUACCCAAACUCAGUGGCCAAAAGAAUUUAAUUAUUUCAUAUUUCAUUCUUCACUCAAGGCGGUUUGUGGGUAAGCAAAAAUCAACAUGGCCUCUGGACUAAAACAUAUGCAAGAAGAAGAAUUUAUCUAGAGGUUUAUAAAUAUUCAUUCUUUACAAUGAGGUACUUAGUAUUACGCUUAUAUUCAAAUCUUUUUUAACCUGCCACUUUAAUUGUGCCUGCCAGUCAUUCCCACGUCGCUUCUCUGGGUUUUGUCUCAGUGGUAUUUAUGCUGGGAAAGUCUGGGAUUUUUGAUUUACAGCAGGUGAUAUUAUUUUUAUCGCUUAAUAAUCCUGAUAAAAUGGUGCUGAAAAGGGUCGAUGAUCCUUUUUGUGUUUCUUCCUGUCUGCAAUAUACUGAUGAAUCAUGUACAUUAAAUCUAGGAGAGUUUUGUCCAACAAUGCUUGAAUAAAGUUUGAAUAAUGGAGAUUAUAUUAAAAUUGGAAGCACGGAUAAAGAGGAGACAAAGUUCUUUGGAUGAUCUUCACAGAGGCCUAAAUCUAUUCUACAAAUCACAACAUGUUCCUGGAAAAUAAAAUAAAAAAACAAA